AUGUCUCGAUGUCAACUCAGUCUCCCCAUUCUAGAGGAAGUCCGCAUCCUCGUCGACGAAAUGCACCAGAUACGAGCCUAUGUGGAAACAACAAGUACGCGCAUUCAAUAUCUCGAAGAAUUUCUCGAGCCAUGUGCGUCAGAUCAAAUAUCAAGUAUCAAACGAGGAUUGAGAGAUGUACAUCGAGGUCUCGAGCGCUUGAGUAAGAGUUUCCGGUCACGAGGCGUGGAUGAGAUCACGAAAGAGGUAUGGCAGAGCUACAGAAGAUUGAGAGCCAUGGAAGAGAAAGUCAGACAGGAUCGGAAGAGAUUGACAAUCCAUGAGAUGGAUGAAUAUAGCGAUGGGGCCAUAAGCGAAGGGAAAUCCAUCGAAGUGAUUGAUAGUACCCAGUCGCCGCUCGGUCUGGUCGGGCCUCUCUAUUGGAACAACGACGAGGUCAACGAGAAGUUUGAGUUCAUCGACCAAUUAUCAUCACAGCAGUACAGGCCAAUCGAGAGCGACGCACCAAGUUGUAUAGUAGCCAAGGCAUUACCAGUGAUUCGAGGGCAGGGGCCUGUCUUGUUGGAACAUUAUACACCUCGUAGACGACAACAUGAACGUGGAACCAACGAGCAUGACGAGGACAGUCUGAGCGGGAGAGGUAUAAAAGGUCAAGACGAUGAAAGCAUGGGAGAGCCCAUCCCUAUCACCAAGGCGAGCCCGCCUGCAGUUCAACCGCCAGAUACAGCAUCAGAAGGACUUGUAGAUGGCCCGGUCAAUGUGACUGUGGUUGAAUUGAAGAAAGGGGAAAAGCUCAUUGCAGAAGAGUGUGGAUCGUCCAUGGUGAUGCCUUCGAAAGCAGCGAAGAUAACCAAUGGAGUGUUCAUUCCAAACGGCGCGGGGCGUUCGGCCGACACAAUGAUCAGUGUUGAUGUUAUGAUUGAGGACCGCCAGCCUGAAAUACCGUCGAAAAGUUCGAGAGAGGUCCGCUAUAGCAUUAUCGAGGAAGAGGGUAUGGAGGGCGUCGAGCUCUUCGACCCGCAUCAUAGGCGGCAGGGAAGCGCAAGCGGACAGGAAGUCACGUCCAUGAUCAUGACCGGAAGGAAAGACAAAAAUCUAUUCCUACCGAAUCUGCUAUACAUCAAAAUACACGAAGUCCGUGUUUUGAAAAAGUGGCUGGCCAACCAGAAGUAUCUGCACAAGGCGGCAAACAUAACGCGCAUGGAGAAAAUGUUACAUCUCCUGACACUCCUGCAGAUGGGCUGCCGCUUCGAGUCUGUCGCAGUGUUCUUCUCGCGCACACCCAAGGAGGUCCAAGAAUCCUGUUUAGAGGUCUUUGAAGGCCUACUCGAGAUGCACAGCGAGACGAUGCUUCCAGGGCCGGACUGUGCUCGUCGCUUCGCAUACGAGCACUGCUGGAAUAUCACCAAGAAGUACGAAUACUAUGGGGGGAAAGAAUACUUUACAUGGAGCUACAUCGAGGUACUCAACGUGUUAGUAACGCUCAAUAUCUUCAUCGGCCGAUAUCGACAGUAUGGAGAAUUGAGGCUAAUAGGGAGCAUACUGCCCUGGGGUGAUUGGGUGCGACUAACUGGGGAGUGA